AUGGUUUUUUCUCCAGAUGAGGGAGAGUUUAUUGAAACAGUAAAUGUUGAAUUAUUAACUAAUACUAGAAAACCAAGUCAUUCUAUUUAUGAUAAAAUAAAAGAAAAAAAUAAAAAAUACUUGAAAAAAAAAGAAGAAAUAAAUGCCUCUUAUUUUUCAAAUUCAAAUAAUACUAAUAAAAAUUUAUUAUAUCAAAAUAAUAAAAUAUGCAAAAUGUUUGAUUCAAUAUAUAAAAAUGGGGCAAAAGAACCAAACAUUGAAGGGAUUACUAUUAUUCCAACAACAGAAAAAAAAUGUAAUAAUGAAAAAAAAAUUUUUUUGUCAAAGGGUAAAGAAACACAAAGUAAAAAGAAUUCAAAAAAUUUAGGCAAAGUUUCUAGAACAUUUAAACAAUUAAAAGAUACUUCAAAGAAUAUUGAAAAAGAAAAAAAUAAUGAUAAAUAUAAAAAAAAUUCGUUACCCAGUUAUGAAUAUUUUCAAAUAGUAGAUAAAAAGAAAAAAAAUAUAUGUGAUAGUUUCCCAUUAUUUACAACAUCAAUAAAUACAUGGAAUCAAUUAAUUAUUGCUUAUAUUUUACUAUUUUUUUAUUUUUAUUUAAUCCUUGAAAUUAGAAAUGCACUAAAUCCAAUGGUAUAUUAUAGUUAA